AUUGGCAACGGAUUUUUAGUAAACAAUGUAGAUUUUCUUCGUAAGUUAGUGUUUUGAAUGCGAGAAUUUUAUUCAUAAUCAAAUUUAUCUGGAAGAAUUUAAGCCAUCUGAUGAGUUUAUUACGUAAGUUGAAAACUAAAAGAGAUGUUGAUGAAGCUAUUAGAAAAACAAAAGAUCGUGUAUUAGUUUUAAGAUUUGGAAAAGAUGAAGAAAUUGGUUGUAUGCAGACUGAUGAUAUUAUGUCACGCACAGAAUGCUUGUUAAGUGAAAUGGCUGAAAUAUUUACAGUAAACCUUGAAAAUGUUCCAGUUUAUAAGGAUUAUUUUGAUGUAACUCAUAUUCCUGCAACUGUAUUUUUCUUUAAUGCACAACAUAUCAAAGUGGAUUCUGG